CUGUGUUUAUGCCCGUCGGAACCCAAGCAUCAGUAAAAGGUCUUACUAGUGAACAACUUGACGAAAUCAAUUGUCCUAUAGUAUUAGGAAAUACUUUCCAUCUUGCUCUAAGACCAGGUGAAGAAACAUUGGAUCAACUAGGCGGCAUUCAAAAGUUUAUGAGUUGGCCGAGAUCAGUGCUUACAGAUUCUGGUGGUUUUCAAAUGGUCUCCUUAUUGGAGCUUUCAAAGCUUACCGAAGAGGGUGUAUGGUUUCAAAGUCCUAUGGAUGGAAAAGAUAUGCUUCUGAGUCCUGAGAGGAGCAUCGCUAUUCAAAAUAAGAUAGGUGCAGAUAUCAUCAUGGCGUUGGACGAUGUAGUGAGCAGUACAACUACUGGACCUCGAGUUGAAGAAGCAACAUAUCGAACAAUUAGAUGGUUGGAUAGAUGCUGGAAUGCACAUGGAAGAAAACAUGACCAAGCAUUAUUCGGUAUUGUUCAAGGUGGUUUGGAAUCGAAGUUGAGAGACGUUUGUUUGGAAGAAUUGGUGAAAAGGGAUCUUCCGGGAUAUGCUAUUGGAGGAUUAGCUGGUGGGGAAGAUAAGAAACUUUUUUGGAAAAUGGUUAAUCAAUGCACCGACAAGCUUCCCAAGAACAAGCCUCGUUAUUGUAUGGGAGUAGGAUAUCCUGUUGAUUUAAUUGUCUGUGUAGCAAUUGGAGUAGAUAUGUUUGAUUGUGUCUAUCCAGCAAGAACUGCAAGGUUUGGAACCGCGUUGACUUGGGAUGGAACAAUAAAAAUCAAGUCAUCCUCCAUGAUAAGAGAUUACGGUCCAUUAGAUAGACAAUGCUGUUGUAAAGUUUGUCAACAGUAUAGCCGCUCCUUUUUGCAUAACAAUUUUGGCAGAGAUGAAACUGCAACUGUACAUUUGUUAACUUAUCACAAUAUAGCACAUAUAUCACAACUUAUGAAACAGUUACGUGAAAGUAUUAUAGAAGGAGUAUUUCCUGACGUGGUUCGUUCUUUGAUUCUUCAACACUUUCAAAAGGAAUCCAUUCCAGAAUGGAUUUGUGAUGCUUUAGCUGCGGUUCAAAUUCCCUUGAAACCUUCCUAAAAACGACGCGAUAGGAAGCCCCACAAGAAA